AUGAACUUGAUAUCAAAACUUGAAGAAUUCAAGAUCGACCAUGUACCUCAAAGGGACAACGCCAGAGCCGACCUCCUAUCAAAACUUGCAAGUACCAAAAAGAAGGGUUGCUACAGAUCCCUGAUACAGCAGGUACUCACCGUCCCAUCCAUACAAACACAAGUGGAAUGCUUUGAGAUCACCACUCAAGAAUCCUGGAUGAGUCCCUUCAUCACAUACCUCGGAAAAGGCGAAACACCUGCCAACCAAGGAAAAGGAUGGACCAAGAAAGCAGCAAGAUACACUUUAAUAGCCAGAGAACUUUAUAGAAGAGGCUUCAACCACCCCCUACUCAGGUGCAUCACGAAUGAUAAAGCGUCCUACGUCAUGAAAGAGAUACACGAAGGCACAUGCGGAUACCACUCGGGGCCAAAACCGAUGGCGGCAAGAAUCCUCCGGGCAGGGUACUUCUGGCCCACAAUGGAACAAGAUUGCACCAAUUUCGUCAAGAAAUGUUAA